GGUCGGGAGUGGAGGGUUCUAGAAGGCGUGACGUGGGGGUCGAAGCGGGCUCGGAGGCGGGUUCUCGUGGGCAGCGGCGGUGGCCGCCAGUGCGGGAGCUGGGGGACACACUAGCGACUGGGGCGGCCGACUCAGCCUCGUCUCAAGCCAUGGCGGCGCUCGGCCGGCCCUUCAGCGGCCUCCCUCUGAGCGGCAGCGCGGACUUCCUGCAGCCGCCGCCGGCCUUCGCGGGCCGGGCCUUCCCGCCGGGAGCCACCGGCCCUGACCUGGCCCCGCGGCCGGGCGCCCGCGUUGCGCCGAGCAGCCCGGGCGGGAGAGCAGCGCGCGGACGUGCUUCCAUUCACUGUCGAAAGAAACACAAGCGAUUGGCGGAGGAUGAUGAGUGUCCAAUAAGAAAGAAGCGAUUGACUGAAGCUGAAUUCUCGGCAGUUGCUGCUAAUGAAUGGGUUCUUGACACACACCAGGGGGUAGACAGUCACGGGGUAAAUGCGUGUCCUGGUGGCCUUCCUGUGCCCAGCCUGCUAGAUGCUGUCUGUGAAGAGAUGGAUCAGACAACUGCAGAACCCCAGUGUGAAGCUGCCCUCCGGAGGCUUCAGGAGAUCGAGGACAGGAUAAUUGACGAAGAUGAAGAGGUUGAAAGUGACAGGAAUGUUAGCCACCUCCCAAGUCUUGUCCUUUCUGACACCAUGAAAACGGGUUUGAAGAGGGAAUUUGAUGAAGUCUUCACAAAGAAGAUGAUUGAGUCCAUGAGCCGUCCUUCUAUGGAGCUUGUGCUCUGGAAACCUCUCCCUGAACUCCUUGCUGAGAAACCAAAGCCAUCAUCUAAGCCUAAGAAGUACACAGGAGAGAGCCAAAGGAAGUGUGCAGCUGCCAGCACUGCCUUUCCACAAAGAACUGAACUGGUGCUGAAACCCCAGCACACAGACACGCCACUCUACCCUAGUCUGGAGACCGCUGCUAACACAGAGGAGGAGAUGGAGCUCUAGAGACCAGUUUCUGCUCCAACUUGGCAACUUCUAGAAGGCUCCUGUGUUCGGUAAUAGCCUGCCUGUAUAGUAUAGGGACCUGAAAGUUUUAUGAAACGGGUGUAAUAUCUCCACCUGUGAUUUGGGGUGGGAAUGUCAUUGUGGGUAGCCAUUUAUUGAAUUCAACUUUUUGCCAAGGAAGCUUAUCUCAAGGGAAAUGCAGUUUUCUAGCAGGCUUAUCCAAGAAAUGUUACAGUCUCUUUAAAGACGACCAUAGACGCUGGAUGUGUUGUGGUGACCAUCUGUCACACUGCUAAAGCCAUUCAUUCUUAAGAUGAUUAUAAUGCUCCUAAUUGCCACUGCACCCUGACAGCUGAGUCCUGUCCCAAGCUUGUCGUGGGAACUGUGCUUGGGGAGCGGGAGGGAAGAAAGUCGUAGUUAGUCUCUUGUGGAGGAACUGAACAGGCAAGGAAAGUAGUCAGGCUGGUGUAGCCAUCACUCCUCAAGCAGUAGCCCUGGUCUCCUUCAGUGACUGAGGAGGAGCUCAGGUGGUCAGUAAUGUUUACACCUCGUUAACUAAGUAAUUGAUUAAAAGUGAGGGAGCCCUUCUCUAAACUGCCUGAGAGAAGUGUCUUCAUGAAUCCUAAGGACGUGUAGUGUCACCUGAACCCAGCAUUGAUGGCUUCUAGAGUUUAAAAAGGGAAGGUCGUAUGUGUGUUAGCAAGUUGAGUUUUUUAAUGGUGGUCUUUGAAAACAAUGAAUUAGCUGAGAAUAAAUGGGCAAGUAUCUUGGAGAUUUACUGAAAUAGCUCAUUCAUUGUCCGGUGCUUAAGCUAUUGUACAAUAAGCCUCAAAGUUAUUGAAGAUGGCCUCCUGCCAACAGGAUGAUAACCUUUGAGUACCUGAACCAAGCUCAAAGUGUUCUUUGGGAAUAACCAGGGUUAAAGUUUUUAAUUUCUCAGGAAGAGCUCUUCAGCAUGGCAGGUCGUGUUAUUGAAGGCUUGGCAAUCCUUCAGCGCUGUAGAGCAGUCUGUGUAAGAUAGGGUGAGUGUGCUAGCUCGUUUCGACAGCAGAACACCUCAGUUCAGUUUUCAUUGUCUGGGUUUCUUCUCCCUUUGUGGGGAAAAAAGAAAAGGCUUAUGCCAAGUGGAGGUGAAUUUUUAGAAACUAGCUUCCAGGCAUUUUUGCAGCCCAUGCUGAAAUCCCUCCUGUGGAUGGCAUAGGAGUCACAAGUCUGUUCAGUGGACUGUCUCUUCUCUCGCCUAUUGUUCUUGCUCUCUCUUAUUUCUGUCUGGAUGUCAGGAAAAGGUUUAAUGUUUAAUAUUUAAACAAAAUAUUUAUGUCUACACAAUAAAAUUACUCAAGCUUCAAACCAGUGUUGAAACCAGUUGGAAACCAGCUAAUUGUUUCUUCAUCUCAGACUCAGAGGUGAAUGAAAUCUGUCUUCUGUUGAAAUGUGCAAGGUUUGAUUCAUGUCAUUUGAAAACUCCUGCCUUGUUUAAUGGGACCAACUUGCAAAGUUUAUAGCCUUAAAGAAAUCUCUCUGCUAAGAAGUUUAGUACAAUUUAGCAGCAUGCAGGGACUGCACGGAGUUUGGAGUUAGCCAGUGUGAGUGGGAAGGAAGUGGCAGCUUUCCAAAGGGCUCAGAACACCAGGACUGCCUUUAGCAAAGGCCCGAACCGGCUUUGAUGGAUUUGGUAACCACUGGAGAAUAGAGGUGGCUUCUAAUGAAGAUGCAAACAGACUUUUCAGGAGUCCUUAUCUGACAUGAUCCUUAUUUCUGCAGGAAAGUUGAUGUUCAUGCUCCUUUUUGGACUAUCUUUUUGCACAUGUUUGUACAGAAAUCAUCUUCAUCCUUGUGGUGCUGACUCAUCUGACUGUCUCCACAGCCCCGAUGCCUCUGCGUUCCAUUUUCUUUUCUAGCAUAAGGCUUUUGCUUUGCCUUAAGGUUUUCCUAAGGAAUUAACAGGUCUUUUCGUCUUACAUAGUUUUGAAGCAUGGAUCAAACAUUGGCUCAGUAGCUAAUGUGUUACGGUCAGCAUUAUCUAAAGCAGGUGAGCUUCAGUGAGCAAAUGUGUGUUUCUCUGAGUUUGAUUGGGGGGGGGGGGUUGUUUUGUUUCU